AUGGCAGAAACAGCAGCCGUGAAACCAGGACAGAAAUUUCCAACUCCAACACCCGGGUUUGGUGAUAGAGUGUUCUAUGAGACGUUGCUUCGACAACGUCCAGAUUCUGCAAUGGCACAAGAAUGGUGCGUGAAUUAUGGCGUUCUGCCAACCAAAAAGGCGGCCAAACUGCAUGCGAUUGUAAUGGACCGCAAAAAGAAGCAACGAGUGGGUGGGAUGCAAAGUAGUUCCAGUAGUAGUGCUCCCCCCAAGAAGAAAAAGGCCAAAAUUGUCAAGGAGGAAGCGGUCGACACGGAAUUGCAACUACCGGGAGGGGAGGGACUUGCAAGUGCUGCCCUGUAA